AUGAUGAGCGCUUCGAACUCCACGCCUAGCACCGCCCAGGGCGUGGUGGCGGUGCUGGCCUGCGAUGGCCCGGCGAUGUUCUUCGUGGCGGCGCGGCGCUCCUGCUGCGCCAAACCGCAGGGCACCCAGAGCUUCUUCGCCGGCAUGCGAGUCGCCUACAUGGUGGCCAACGUGACCACCUAUGAGAUCCUCGUUUGCCCUCCUCACAUUUCCAAGCGGUUCCCCAGGCGCACCUGGCGACUGUGGUAUCUUCAGGACCUCAGCUGCAAGGCCGCGGUGCAGAACGUCUUGGCGUUUUGGUCGCUUGACAUGAGUCGCGACUGCAAAUACUUUGAGGACACCGCAGAGGAGGACACGAAGGACUGCGACUCAGAGGUGUGCUGCUGUCCAAGGAGUGACCAAGGAGAUAUGCCUAUCAGCAGUACAGGGAGGUUGAUUCCCCCCAGUGGGCGUGUGACGGGCAAGUGCUGGAGGAGCCAGGUCACAAGAGCAACUCCCGCACCGUGGUGCGCUUCCCUUCUGCCGCCCUCAGUCUCUGACUGCGCCGAGUGA